CCCCGCUCACUCGGGCAGACGCGUGACCUAAAUGAGGCACACCCAGCCGUAUUGCCCAGUGUGUGGACAUGUGUGCCGCUCACCGCUCGGCUAACGGGAGGAAACACAGCUAGCUCACAGGUAAUGGCAGUGGUAGCGGGCUAGUGGUGAACAAAUGGUCAUUAUAUGCUCGAGUACAUCAACACUUGUGAAGGCUUUGUUUGCCCCGCCUCUGCCGGCUAACAGCUAACGUUACCUAACGCUACCCAGCUAUUAGCUCCGUUCAAACGCCGCUCUCCGAGCUAACGCCAAGCUAGCUAGCCAGCCAGCCGCCGCCUCCUGAGAAAUGGCUACCGUCUCAGUCCCUGCAUGCACCACUGCACUGUUGCUGGACAUCGAGGGGACAACCACGCCGAUUACAUUUGUAAAGGAUAUCUUAUUUCCAUAUAUUCGGGAGCACCUGGAGGAUUACCUGUCCACUCACUGGGAGGAAGAUGAGUGCAAACAGGAUGUUCAUCUUCUAAAGAAACAGGUUGAAGAGGACAUCAAGCAGAAUCGGGCGUGCCCUGUCCACACUCUGGACCAGACGGUUCACACAGAUGAGGAGAAGGCCAUCAGGGAGGUGGUGGAUAAUGUGCUCUGGCAGAUGGCAGCAGACAGGAAGACAACAGCACUCAAGCAGCUCCAAGGUCACAUGUGGAGGGCAGCUUAUGCUGCUGGGAGAAUCAAAGGCGAGGUCUACCAGGAUGUAGUCCCAUCCAUCAAAAGAUGGAGAAGACAGGGCCUGAAAGUCUACAUCUACUCCUCUGGAAGCGUGGAGGCACAAAAACUUCUGUUUGGGCACUCCAUCGAAGGAGAUGUUUUAGAUCUAUUUGAUGGUCACUUUGACACCAAUAUAGGCGCUAAGGUAGAGGGCAAAAGCUAUCAGAGAAUUGCAGAGAGAAUCGGCUGUCAACCUGAAGAAAUUACUUUCUUGACAGACGUCACUCGAGAGGCUAAAGCAGCGGAAGACGCCGGGGUGAAUGUGGUGGUGGUGGUCAGGCCAGGAAACAUGGAGCUGACGGAUGAAGAGAGAGCCCACUAUAACCUCAUCACAUCCUUUAACCAACUUGAAGUGACGGGAAGUGCUUAACCCACAGAGUGGGAGGAAGAGAGGGAGAACUUUUUUUCUGGUUUCAUUUCACAGUGACCUCUUCCCCCUGCUCUGCUCCCCCUUUUUACGACUCUGUUUCUGUGGUGGUUCUGAGUUUUGACAGCACGAGAGGUGUAGGUUUUAUGGCUGGAGCCACAGUUACCCAGUAGCAGGGCCUGUAUGACUACCAUCUGUCCAGUUCUUUCAGGAUGAACAACCCUUUCAAAUCCAUGGACACAGAUCUACAGAGAACUGAAAUGGAACCAGGUCACUGCGAAGAGAACAAACAAGCCUGUAGAUAAAAGAUGCUGGGCACUGCUUGAAGGAAGCAUGUACGGUAAGCAACAAGCCUGAAGGAAACUGCACUUGACCUGCCACAUUAUUCACCUUUUUACCUUUUAAUGAAAGAAUAUUUAAUUGCCAUUUCUGUACUUCCUCACUGUUGGUCCCAACUAAGGAAUUGUGUAAGUGAUUUGUAUUUGUCAGCUGUUUUGUAAAUUACAUUUUACCAUCGUACUGUUGAUUUUCAUUGUACUACAUGUGAAUAUGCUCCAACUGUUUAAGAAGAACACAGAUCGGUUCAGUGUUUUGGCAAAAAGGCUUAUGCUAUAGAUGCAUUUGGCACUUAUGCUGAUAAGAGUAGAUUUUUUAAAAUUUCAAACUGGCUCUGAAUCUCUUAUGAAUUAACUUCACAAAUGAACGGUUGCAAUUUAAGUGUUCCAUCUUAAAUGUUAUUCUGUAACAUAGAAAAUGGACUGUUACAAAAAAAUUGCCAAAUUAAUGUGAAAUAUAAUUGCUGUUGGUCUUGAGAUGGUAAUCUGACAACAUAAAACUUCCAAUAAAUGCCUUGUUUCAA